AGGCGCUGCUGUGGGCUUAUGGUUGUGCUCGUGAUUAUGGAGUAGUUAAAUGCAGUCAAAAUGCUAAAAAAAAAGUUCAAACCUUGCUUGUUACUCUCAGAUAUCGUGCUGUAAUGUUGUUGGAUGUUUUUAGUGUGAAGCGUUGUUUUUUUCUGUCGAGUACAGCACUUUAUUGUGACAUGCUAAUGUGCCGUCUAAAGCGAGGCAGCAACAGCAUGCAGGCAGCUUCUCAUACAGUUUGCUGGUUUCCUCUCUUAAAGGUGUGGAUCUCCACGACAAGAAGUUGCUGUACUGAUUUUUUUGUUUGUUCAAACAGCAGAGGAAACUUCCAGACUUCAACUUUCCCGCCUUCCAGUUAACCUGAAAGAAACGAGCAGAGAUGUCAGCGAUUUCAGAGGAAGCCUGGAGAAUAACUCUGACUGUAAUCCUCGAGGAGCUGGAUGAGCCGCAGUACAAAAAGAUGCUGCUUUUUCUAUCAGAAAUCCCCAAACGUGUGAAGACCAAGUCCAGAGAAGAGAUGCCCCAAUUAAUCAUUGAGCACUACGGAGUGGAAACAUCUAUUCAUAGAAUCAAUGAAGUAAUGGAUCAGAUCCCACGGAAGGAUGCUGCGGUCCAGGACCGGCUCCGCCCCUUUGUGGACAAACUGAAGAACACACAACAGAAAACAGGAGAACGACACUUUGUGGAUGAACACAUGUGUGAGUUGAUCCAGAGAGUGAGCAACAUUGGACCGAUCCUGGAUGAGCUCUUACAAGAACAAGUUAUCCAACAAGAAGCCUACGAUAGGAUCCGAGCUCUUCCAAACUCUCAGGAUAAGAUGAGGGAGCUCUACAGCGGCCCUGUGAGAGCUGGCACUGCCUCCAGAGAUGCCUUCUACAGAAUCCUUCAGAACCAUGAGAAGAUGCUUACUGAGGACCUCAGGCGAUAGAACUUUGUGAUUUAACACUUCCUGUUCCAUCUUCUGUUAAAUGUUUGUUCAUAAAUCUCUGUUUGAACUGAUUUGCACGCGAGGAGAUGCUGUUUUGUAUGCGAGGAGAGAUCAUUUUGUACUCAAGGACAGUUUGUAAAGUAUGUUCUGUGUGUGCAAUGUCUCAAUACAGCUUGUAAAACAUUUUCUUUCUGUGCAACAGGUUUUAUUUGUGUGCAGCAUGUGUUCUCUGUGUGUGACCUUUUGGCACAAAAUUAACUCCAUACUAGGGGCCAUGAGCUACGUUGAGGUGAGGGCAGGUGAUGCUGAUAUGAAGGCAAGACUGUCCAGUUUCACAGCCGCUCACUUCCGGCCUUUGCGGUCUACAUGGGCCGGGCCCUUCGAAGAAUGCAGCCCCUGAAUUUGGACACAGUU